UCCGACACGCCUGGCUCCGUUGGCGCGAAGCUGUAGUGCACGAGACAAAGCGCAUCCUGGCAGAUUUCGCUCGUUUUUACAUUAUUUUUACAUUAAGAAUUCAAGGAGGCGCUUGGCGGUCAUGGCCGACAAAGAAGCCGCCUUCGACGACGCUGUGGAGGAGCGCGUAAUCAACGAGGAGUACAAGAUCUGGAAGAAGAACACACCGUUCCUGUACGACCUGGUGAUGACGCAUGCGCUCGAGUGGCCGAGUCUCACGGCGCAGUGGCUGCCGGACGUCACCAGGCCAGACGGGAAGGACUACAGCGUUCACCGCCUGGUCCUCGGCACACACACUUCGGACGAGCAGAACCACCUGGUGAUCGCCAGUGUACAGCUUCCCAACGACGAGGCGCAGUUUGAUGCCUCCCACUACGACAGUGAGAAAGGAGAGUUCGGCGGCUUUGGCUCCGUGAGCGGGAAGAUCGAGAUCGAGAUCAAGAUCAACCAUGAGGGCGAGGUGAACCGAGCGCGCUACAUGCCCCAGAACCCCUGCAUCAUCGCCACCAAGACACCAACGAGCGACGUUCUGGUCUUCGACUACACCAAGCACCCAUCCAAGCCAGACCCCUCCGGCGAGUGCACCCCAGACCUUCGCCUGAGGGGACACCAGAAAGAGGGCUACGGUCUAUCCUGGAACCCCAACCUAAGUGGAUGCCUACUCAGCGCCUCUGAUGACCACACCAUCUGCUUGUGGGACAUUAGCGCAGUGCCCAAGGAGGGGAAGGUGGUGGAUGCCAAGACCAUCUUCACAGGCCACACGGCUGUGGUGGAGGACGUCUCCUGGCAUCUGCUGCACGAGUCGCUCUUCGGCUCCGUGGCCGACGACCAGAAGCUCAUGAUCUGGGACACCCGGUCCAACAACACGUCCAAGCCCAGCCACGCAGUGGAUGCCCACACCGCUGAGGUCAACUGCCUCUCCUUCAACCCGUACAGCGAGUUCAUCCUGGCCACGGGUUCCGCAGACAAGACCGUGGCCCUCUGGGAUCUGCGCAACCUCAAACUGAAGCUGCACUCUUUUGAGUCCCACAAGGACGAGAUCUUCCAGGUCCAGUGGUCUCCUCACAACGAAACCAUCUUGGCCUCGAGCGGAACGGACCGGCGCCUCAACGUGUGGGACCUCAGUAAAAUUGGGGAGGAACAGUCUCCCGAGGAUGCGGAGGACGGCCCCCCUGAGCUGCUGUUCAUCCACGGCGGCCACACAGCUAAGAUCUCGGACUUCUCGUGGAACCCCAAUGAACCGUGGGUCAUCUGCUCCGUCUCUGAGGACAACAUCAUGCAAGUGUGGCAAAUGGCGGAAAACAUCUACAAUGACGAGGACCCCGAGGGUGGAGCUGACACAGAGGGCCAGAGCUGAAGCGCCCAUCUCUUUCAGAAGAGCUUCUCCGCCCCUCUGUGGAGUUAUGUCUGUCCUGCUAAUCUCUAAUGGAAGUAAACAAUUUUGUGUGUCCUCAGAGUUUAUGGAAUGUGGUCCUGUGUGCUUCCCUCCAGCAGUGUAAUAUUGUUCAUACUCAGUUGAUUAGCUGUGAAAUAUAUAUGUGUGUGUGUGUGUGUGUGUGUGUGUGUGUGUGUGUGUUAGACAUCGUCAAAACAUUUUUGAGGAGGUUCUGUGGCGUCAGAUGUGUGUUGAAUUCAGAGGAUGUGGUGGAACUGACUUGUUCCGCACUGGAUUUUAAUACCGUUUGAAAUGUGUCCAGCUGUGUGUAACAGAGUGCUCUUUCAC